AUGCAGCGAAAGGCGGAUAUCGCGCAGCUUGGUUCACCGAGUCCGUCGGAUACAAGGCAUGGAACGGCUCUCAGCGCGGACCCGAACGCCUCUCCCUCUCUUCUUCCUCCGUUCGUGAGCCCCGACCGACGCCAAAGCCUUCUUGCUUCCAGGCGACGGAUCCACCCCGGUCGCCCUUCUCUGCUCGUGAGCCGGUCAACGUCGAGCCUUCUUCCUCUCUUGGUUUCGCGUGCCCAGACCGAACCCGUCGCCUUGCCCGACGCCGACCCGAGCUCCUACCUUGGCCGUCGGUUUCCCUCUUCCUUGGAGCAGAAAAUCCAAAAAGAAGACAAGUGGCCCACUCGAUGUGUAAACAAUAAAAAAGUGAUCUUUGGAGAGCAAAGGAGGAGCAUCGAAGCACUAGGAGAAGGAGCAUGGAUAGUCGAAUCCGACUAUCAGUCGCUCCCAUUCAGUUUGGUGGGGGCGCUACGGGUGGAACCACCGGGUCAUAGCCCCCGGUGCUCGAAGAGCUCAACAUUGCCAACAAACUUGCUCGUGAAUCCCCCUCCUACAGCCACAUACGUGCCAUUUGCUCUUGCUGCCACUCGUGGGCUCCCUCGUGGCCAUAGACAUUUUCCUCCCUCUAGUCGUGGACGUAAUCAAUCUUCAUCCUCUACAUCAUGGGGUGGUCAUUCUUCCAUUUCAUUCUCUCAUGGUGGUCGGCAAUCCUAUUCGAAAAUUGAAUACCAAAUUUGUGGAAAGGGUGGUCAUUCUGUUAUCUCAUGCUGGUAUGGUCACAACACCUCAUUUCAGAGUUCACCGCAAGCUUAUGUUGCCUCUGAUACAACUUCGAUAGCUAAUUGGUUUUUAGAUUAUGGCUCAGCAGCACAUCUGAUGUCCAAUGGAGCUCAAUUAUCCAAUCAACAACUAUACAUUGGUUCCACUCAGAUACAAAUAGGUAAUGGUCAGAUGCUGCAAAUUCAACCAACAGGACAAGAUAUUCUUCCUACUCCUACUAGCAAGCUCCACCUUUCCCAUAUACUUCAUGUUCCUAAUCUUACCCAUAAUCUUAUCUCCAUUAAUAAACUAACAUCCAAUAAUUCCUGCUAUGUUAUUCUUGAUGCUAAUGACUUUUUUCUCAAGGAUUCACUGACCCACAAGAUGCUUCUCCACAAACACAGUCAUUGCGGUCUGUACCCUAUUAAACCACAGCUCUUUCAUCAGCUUAACCAUCCACAUCUUCAACAAUGCCUACAACAUUUGCCUAUGUUGCUCCCUCCUCCGAUCCGUCUUCUUCGUUGGAUAUAUGGCACCAGCUGCUUGGUCAUCCACUCUCCUCCAUUUAUGAUCAGCUUUUUCAUAAUUUACUUACUCAAACUUUCUUGUAUCAACUUUGUCUCACAUCUAUGCUUGUGCUCAAGCUAAGAGCAGUCAUUUGUUGCUUUUACUUUCUUCUCCCUCCUUUACAAAUUGUCUUCAACUUAUUCACACUGAUGUAUGGGGGCUCCUAUCUUAUCAAUGAAAUAUUACAAGUAUUUUCUUCUAUAUGCGGAUGAUUUUAGUAGAUAUUGCUGGGUUUAUAUUGAAAAUCUGAUCUGUUUUCCACCUUUUUGUAAUUUCAGCGACUUGUUGAAAUCAAUUUCAUAAUACUAUCAAAAUUGUGUGCUCUGAUGGUGGCUCCGAAUGUGUAAAUUCCAAUUUUAAACUACAUUUUCAAAAGUGUGACACGCUUCAUAAAAAAUCAUGCACUCACAGACCUCAACAAAACGGUGUGGUCGAGCAUAAACAUUGCCAUCGAUCUCCUCAAAACUAUUCUAGCUCUCCUCUUUGAAGCAAAUCUUCCACCAAAACUUUGGGUUGACACUUUACUGACAGCUGCCUAUCUUAUUAAUCGAAUGCCUCUUUCAACCUCCCCUUCCUCUACACCAUAUCAAUCUCUCUUCAAUCUUCCACCGUCUUAUCUUCAUCUUAAAACAUUCGGUUGCCUAUGCUAUCUUUAGUUUCGCACCAAAUUAUCUCAUAUACUGUACCUAGGCUCGGCUUGAUGUGAAACAUAUCCAUGUGAAAGUGAUUUGCUUAAAGAAGUUUGCACGCUUAGAUUUAGAGGCAAUAAUAUGUAAGAUCUUAUGCGGAAUUGAACGAUAAGAUAAAUAUUAAGUGAUACUUAGCUUAGGUUAAUUCACAUGCAUAGAAAUUAAGUUCAAAUGAUAGUCAGCUUAAUCCAACAUUGCAUACAUGGAUAGUUCCAACAAUAGAUUCCAAUACUAACACUAAGAUUAGUUGCUAUGAGAAGAUCCCUCACACAACUCAUCCAAUUACUAGGUUUUAGCGGAGAAGCGUCAAUAUGAUCUUCAUGAAGAUAAUAAAUUCACAUUCAAGGAUGCAACCAUGAAGAUAGAGAGUCGGGUGUCGAAUUUACCCAAAGACAAUAGAGAUACGUGCUUCGGCAAAGUUGUUUGGUAGUUGGGAAUGAAAUGGGCAGCAACCACGAACCUCCUCGCACUUCGCCGAGAUUAACCUUCCCCACAAGCGUGGACAGCAGUUGGUGGCUGCAGGGAAUUCCGUGACAGCAGGAAGUGAUGCCAAACUCUCUGGACAGCAGUUUUUGAGGCCUUCUUGGACCCCUUCGUUGCUGGUUUUGGCUUUCCUGGACUGAUGACAGCAGCCAAUGGUUUUCCACGCAACUAGACAGCAGCUAGGAGGUCUCCCAGGACUGCUUCAUGACUGAUUUGAGCGCUCCUGGACAGAGGACAGCAACCUGGAUUUGUCCAAUCAACCGGGCAAUAGGUGGAAAUGCAGGAAACGUAUGUACCAGCCGUUGAGAAUCCUUUGACAACAAAUUGAUAACUGUCAAAUUAAGAUUGAUGGGAUUAAAUCAAUCCUCAUUCAAAAUUUGAAUUGACCUGAAUUUAAGGAGUGAUUAUGGGUCUUUAAUGACAAGGAUUAAUGAGAAAAUGGGAGGUUUUAAUUGAAAUAGAAAAACUGAAAUAAAUUUCAGUUUUAAUUGGGAUGGGAGGGAGGUUUAAUUGAAAUCAAUUUUCAGAUUUCAAAAUUUAGAUGGGUUGCAUUGAUAGCAAUCAAUGGGAAGCCCAAUGAGGGGGCCUGCGGUAUGGAGAGAGAGAGAGGGAGAGGGAUUUCCAAACAUGAAUAAUGACUAGGAAAAUUUUAAAUAAAUCCAAAUUAAUUUAAUUUAUAAUUUGAAUUCAUUCAAAAAAUUUUCAUAAAUGGAAUUUCCAAAUUCGGAAAGAAUUUGAAUUUUGAAAUUCAAAUUCCAAGGAAGGCUAGGGAAGGGAGUCGUGGGGAAAGUGGUGGAGAGGGGAGAGGCCGACGGCAAGGUGGCCGGCCGGUGGAGCUAGGGUGGCCGACGGGAUGGGGCUCCAAGGGUGGUGGCACUAGUGGAGGCUUCGGCUUCUUCCAACUCUUGGACUUUGCUUGUGGUAGUUUAUGGGGAGAAGAAAAACUAUGCUUGAAAUUACCUAGAGAACUCACAAAGAGAUCUCAAACAAAGAACUCACUAAGAGAUCUUCAAGAAGGAACUCACUAAGAGAACACAAGAACAAAAGUUUCCAUUCAAUAAUCAUCAUCCCCUCUCCAAGAGGAGGGAGAAGGUUUAAAUAGCCAAAUACAUGAAGAAAAAUAAAAAGACACAAUUGUCAUUCCGGCAAACACAUGACAAGGCCCUUAAUCAAGGGCAUAAAUGGAAAGAAAUAAAAAAGACUCAUAAAACAUAAAAUAAAAUAUAUCAAAUACAAUAAUAAUCAAAAGUAGAUCGUGGCCGUAGAUCAUGGAUCUUCUGAUGUCCUCAUCACGGCUCCUUGUGUUUUUCUCGGCUAUAUGCCACUCAAUCAAAAUGCUAUAAAUGUUUCAAUUUAUCAACCGGACGUCUUCAUAUUUCAUGCCAUGUUCGGUUCUAUGAAACUAUCUUUCCAUUCAAGCAAUCUUUCCCACCCAGUCUUGCUAAUGCCUCAUCUGAAAGUCUUCCUCCAUCACUUCUUGUUCUGGCCUCUUUCACUUCACAUAUAUCUUUCUCAACAUCCAAUAACACUUCUACUAUUACACCACUUAAUGUGACUCCUACUUCCUCCAAUACGUCUAUGCCUCCACCAAAUGAACCCGCUGCCUCGUCCUGCUCUGUCUCGGAUGUUGAUGUUCCUGCCCAGGACUUAUUGCCUACUUAACAUUCUAUGGUAACAAGUUCACGGACUGGUGCUCUCAAACCAAAGGUCUUUUUUGAUCUUCAACACCUUCCUAUUCCGACCACUAUUACCUCUUUCUCUCAAGCUAGCAAGUUCUCUGUUUGGCGAGCUGCUAUGAGUGCUGAGUUUGAGGCUCUACAAAAUCAAGGCUCUUGGAUUCUGGCUCCGCCCUCUUCAGAUCAAAAUCUGCUAGGUUGCAUGUGGAUUUUAAGGACCAAAUACGAGCAUAACAUAAAAUUAUAUGAUAUUUUUAUCAAAUAAAAAAAUUAACAUGUGAAAUUUUAUUAUAUUUAAAUAGCAUGAAAUUACAUAUGCAAAGAAAUUAAAAAAAUAAUAAAAAUAUUAGCU